CAGAUCAUUCGCUAAUUUUUUAUUCUACUCAAACCUGAAAAUCGGAGUGUCCAUAAAAGUCCGUUAUCGUUUUCUCAGUAUCCGACCCACUCACAGCAUCCCACUGCACAAUGAACGUCACCGCUAGCACCAAAUCUCAGCUACUUCUUUACGCGCUGCUCACAGUCACCUGUAUGUGCGUUGCAGCUCAACUGCCUGUCAUUGGUUCGUCGAGUUGUGGUCCCAACUUCCCCAAGGCCUGUCUUUGCGGACGCGAACUCUAUGAAGGGAGCAUCAGUUAUAUUGUGAACUGCACAAAUACCGGCAUCCACAAUACCAGUGUGCUGGAGUUCAUGCCAGAUGAGGUGGAAAUUUUAAUCUUCACCGGCAACAUUGUACCCGAGCUGCCUUGGAAUGUAUUCGGCUCGAUUAAUGAUUAUAAGAAUCUAAAGAUCGUCGAUAUGAGCAAUAAUCAUAUACGCGAAAUACGUGGCAAAUCCUAUCAUCAUGUGCAGAAUGUGGAGCGUUUGAUCUUGAACCAUAACAAUUUAAGCAUUUCACGUGACGAUGACGUAAUGAAUCAUCAUCAUCCGCGUGUAUUUUCGAACUUUUUGAAUCUGCAAAGUUUGCAUCUCACAGAUGCAUUCGAUGAUAACAGCUCACCGCAGCUGAGCGAAGACUUGCAUGAUAUCUUCGUCAACAGCCAAUUGGUGAAUUUGCAAAAAUUACAUCUGGAGCAAAACGAGAUUACACACUUUAAAGAUCGCAAUGUCUUCUGCGAUCUACCCAGUCUGCGCGAUUUACAUUUAGGCGAUAAUCUACUGAAAGAAAUCAAUUUUGAGGUGCGCUGCUUGAAGAAUCUACGUUUUCUCGAUUUAGAGCGUAAUAAGUUCGAAUAUGUGAAAACGCAUGAUAUGAUGCUGCUGAACGAAUUGGAGACGCGCACCGAUCGCACCACUAAUCUCAUAGUCGACUUCAAUCUAAAUCCGUUCGCUUGUGACUGCAAGAUCAGCUCAUUUCACACCUGGGUGCUGUCGACGAAUGUAACAGUACGGAAUAAGAAUACGCUAAUGUGCUAUCGCAACGAUGUGGAACCGCUACCUAUAAUGGAGCUGAAUAUGGAAGGGUGUGCGGCGGCAGUGGCGGCUGCAACCAUGAUGUUCAACACCGCCGCAGAUUCGCACUAUGGUGGCAUCGGCAUGGACGAGAGUACAAGUGGUGAGGGUGUUAGCGCGACGGCAGGAAGGCCGCACAUGAAUCAACACACAGUGACACUCAUCUUCCUGCUGAUUGUUUUGAGCAUGAUACUGCUCGGACUAGUGGUGGCGCUCGUGUACGUGAGUCGUGAGCGCAUCAAGUAUAUGAUUACGCCAGUUUUCGACAAUGUAGCCAAAAAGGUGCAAUACACAUCGAUCAAAGACGAAGACUGUCCGGAAGUGUAUGUUUAAGGUGUACGAUCACAUUAGCCGGAUAACGAACGAUAAACGAAUGAACGAGCGAACGAUGAAGCGAGAAACGGGCGGCCAUAAUUGACAUAAGAGUUGCAUGACAGUUUUAAAACUUAGGAGCUAAUGUAAAAUGUUGUAUAACCACCAAUUAGUAGCGGCAUAGUUUGAUAGCCACUGUCAAGCCUGUUUAAGCAAAAGCAAUGACGUGGAAUUUAUUACAAACGGAAAGCUUACUUUGUGCCAUUUAAAGACAAAAAAUUAAAACAAAAAAGACGAAGGAGUGAAAGCAGGAAUUAAAAAGACGACAAAAGUUAUAUAUGUGUGUACAUAUGUACGUAUAUGUAGAUGAAAACUUGAGCUAGCAAAAGAAGAAUUUGAAAUGUAUGCAUAUGAAAGAGUGUCACAGGAAUUGUUGCAAACCAUCGUCUAACCAUACACACAUUCAUACAUACUUAUAUACAUACAAACAUGUACACUCAAUCAAACAUAUGUAUAUGUACAUUAGGAUAAACUAAAAUUACAAAUUUGAAAUUAUUUUCAAAACCUAUUUUUCACAGCAGAACAUGAACAUAUCACAGCAGCAUUUGUAAACAAUAAUAUUUCUAUUGCGAGAUGAAAUGAACAAAAAGAUUGAGGAGAAAAGAAAACAAAAGAAAUAACAUGCAAACUUACAUAUGUAAAAUGAAAGACAUGCAUAUUUUCUGUAGUUUUAAGCGAAAAAUUGUUGCAUUUAAACGAAAAGUAAAGUGGCGUGCAAAAGUCUGCGAAUUUACAAAAUGAGAGCUCAAUAAAAAUAAUAAUAAUAAUUUUUUUUGCAUUUGAAAACACUGAAAUAUUAGUUAAGAAUAUUUUAGAAAAACUAUAAUUUCAUAUACAAACUGAGCACAAUAUGUAUACAUAUCCAUAUCUAUGAAUAAAACUUAUUAUAAUUAAUUUCAAAGUAAUGUAGGUUAAAAGCGCUAAAUUUUAAUUUUAUUGUCAGAAGCAAUGUUACAGGUAAUUAUAGUAGCGUGUUGUAAGUUUUGAUUAAAUUUUAAAGAAAAAGUGGUUGUUGCAUUUUUCAACACAGUGGACAGUGCCAAGAAAGCCAUAGAUAAAUGUGUAAUAAACCCAUUUACAAACUGUUCUAUUUUGUUGAAGAAGUUGUGGGGAAACACUUUUAAUACCUUCGUUUAAUAACUUUUCUCUAUUAGCGGUGACCCCUCGGCAGGCAAACCUUCGAGAGUAUUUUCGUUAUAAAAAACCUCCUCCUCCCGGCCAAACACCCAACAGCGCUACGUUCGCUUCUUCAAAGUAAGUUUUGCUUUUGUAGCAGGAUUUUUCUUAGAGUUAACUAACAUGGAAUUUAAAAUAAAAAUUAAUUUUAACUCUUAAAUGUCAAAAUUUUCUUGUCCUAACGAAGCAACUGUGUAUGUAUACUAUUUGAUGCCUUUUCAAUUAUAAAGCACAUUUAUUAUUAGAUUUUUUAGUAAUUUGAGUUUGAGGUAUUUUACACAGUGUGUUAUUGGUUGUUCUCUUACAUAGCCGAAAGCAUUUAAGCAAUUCCGAUAUGCUUGAUAUUGAAAUAUAUGGGCAUAUGUAUAUGUAUGUACACAUUUUGAACACAAAAAUUACUUUAUUUGCUGACAUAAAAAAAGAUAUAAAAACUUAAAUUGUUUUAAUGAUUUCUAUAUUUAAAAUAGUAAGCACAAACUACAGCAAAAUUGAGAAAAACAUGCACAUUCAUGCAUAACAGCAAAGCUUUCUAAAAACCGUUUAAAACAACAUAAACUUCUCUAAGAAGUGGCAGAAUUUUAACACCUCUUUUUUUCUUGGAGUUUUUUGUUUGCAUGUGGAUCAAAUAAUAGCAAUUAUUUGCACUUGGUUACAAAAUGGAAAAAUAUAUAUACACAUGUUUAAGACUAGCGCUUUUAAUCAGAAUAAAUAAGAAAUAUUUUCAUUAAAUGGCGAGUAAAUUUAACCUCAAGUUAUUACAAAAGCAGACGUAUACAAUUUGAAAUCACCACCGAUUUCAACAAGUAAUCAAAUUUUUUUUAACAGCACCAAAAUCAAUAUUUUCUACACAAAUUAUUGUCAUUUCGACUUCACAUACACUUGAAUUAAAUCAUACAUUAGAGAUAUCUGUGAUUUAAGUUACAUAGCAUUAGUUGGUUAAAAGCACUGCAAAUAAAAAUUUAAUAAAUAAAUUAUGGAAGGCAAAAACACGCAAGAUAAUAAUGAAAAUUAUAAAUAUUAUGUGAGAAAAAUAUUUAUAAUAAAAAAGAAUAUAUAAAAGAGGUAUAGUGUCAAAAAACGAAGCACAAACAAAAUAAAGAAACUAACGAAACAAGAGUGUACGAAAUAUAACACAAAUACAAACAAAAAUAGAAACAAAAACAUAUAACUAAUGCAUAAAGUGUAUAUGCUAUAAUACUUACACAAGCGUGCGAUAUACAGCAGUAUGAGUAUCUCAAAAAUAAAUUGAAAGUUAGUGCAGCUACAAAGAGAAUUUACACAUAACACCGUAACCAGUAAUGCAAAACUGCAAUAUUAAAAGGUCAAUUUACAUACAAAAUGAUGGAGCGUUACAGCAAACGGUUAUAAAUUGUGCUUGUUUUAGUCGAUAAAAAUAUUUUUUUCUCAAAUUGUUUUUCAACUAACUUUUUUAUUGAAAAUUUUUGAAAAAGCAUUACUGACGAAUUAAUUGCUUAGUACUUACAUUUUAUAACAAUUACCCAUUCAAUUAUUAAAAUUUAUUAAAAAUUAAAUUUAUUUAAAUUAUUUAUAAUUAACACGAAUAUAAGGUCAUAUAUACACACAAAAUGCAAAAUGCAUGUGUUCUUGUGUGUAUUAUUAGAUGUGUAAGAAAUUGUUAACAAUACACGUUCUUUCCUGAAAUUAACAUACUUUUUUAUAAGAA